AUGCUCAUACAUGAAAUUAAUUUGACAACAGGUGCAGAGGCAAAGCUGAUGAGGAACGACAAGUUCCCUUCAUUUUACUACAUAUCAAACUUGGACAAAAUAACGAUUAACGACAGGGAAGUUCCUAUUGACCCUUCGCAUUGGGAUUUGGGCCCAGAUAAAUAUGGUGGCAUAUUUGUUGAUACUGGAGGCUAUAUUACCAAAUUUCCAGAUGAUGUUUAUGUCAAAUUUAGGGAUAUAUUUAGGUCAGAAGUUAAAAAUGUGCCAUUGGUUCGAACACCACGUACAUCUAUAUUUGAUACUUGUUAUCGGGCUGAUAAAGUCGAUGAUUUGAGCGUAUUUCCAACUGUAAGCUUUUAUUUUAAAGGUAGUAAAAUGCCUCUUUUUGUUCGAGAAGAACAAGUGAUGGUACUACAUAAGAGAAGUUAUUGUAUGGGUUUUGGUAGUUCAGGUAGUAAGAGGUCCGUAAUAGGUGCUAAGGUGCUACAGACUUUUGGGUUGACCUUUGAUCUUUAUAACUGGCGUUUGACCUUGUCCCCUAAUGCUUGUGAAUGA